AUGAAUAUGAACACAAUCAGGAAACCAUAUUACCAAUUCAGUCGUCUCAUCGAUUUCACCGCCACCACUCUCAUCAAUUCUUGUAACACCAUGAGAGAGAUAUUGCAGGUCCAUGGCCAAAUGGUCACAAGGGGCGAAACCGGUGACCCGAAUAACCUUGGCCGCAUCGUUUAUUUAUUCAUCGAAUCGAAGUUCAGAAACUUAGGCUAUGCCGAAUUGCUUUUUUAUCAUUCCGAUAAUCUCAACACCUUCAUAUGGAACACCAUGAUAAAAGGUUACACAGCAGAGCAUUUACCUGAAAGAGCUUUCUCUCUCUACUCUCUCAUGCUCCAAAAGUCAUUCAAACCAGAUAACUAUACGUACCCAUUUCUCCUCAAAGCCUGCAUGGGCUUUUCCCAGUUCAGGACAGGCAAACAAGUACAUGGGCAGGUUGUGAAGAAUGGCUUAGAGAGAGAAACCUUUGUCACUAACAAUCUGAUUUAUAUGUAUGCUAGUUCUAGACAGAUGGAAUGUGCACAGAGAUUGUUUGAUGAAAGCCAUAAUAGUUCGGAUCCACCUAUGUGGAAUUCACUCAUUAGUGGGUAUCUUGAAAAUGGAUUUGUUGAAAUUGCAAUGUGGCUGUUUGGUGAGAUGCCUGAUAAAAAUUUGGUUUCUUGGAGCAUUAUGAUCAGUGGGUUUGAGCGCAUGGGUCUUCAUGGAGAGGCAAUGAGGUUUUUCAGUGACAUGAUUGUUAAAAGAGAAGAGAUUGAUGGGGUUUUAAUGGCAAUUGUGGUUUCAGCCUGUGCGAAUUCAGGUUUGCUAGAAGAAGGUAAGAGACUCCAUUGUUAUGCCAUAAAGAAGCUCCCUCUGCAAAAAGAUGAGUUCUUGCUGAAUGGCUUUGUCAACAUGUAUGCGAAAUGUGGGUGCAUGGAGAAUGCAUGCCUUCUGUUUGAUAGGCUCCCUCGAAGAGAUUUAAUCACAUGGAAUGCUAUGAUCCACGGCUAUUUAAGGCACCGCCUCAUAUCGAAUGCAUAUGAACUCUUCACAGAGAUGCCCCAAAGAGAUGUUGUGUCAUGGUCCACAAUGAUAUCGGGUUAUUCGCAGAGUGGGUUUCACACUGAUGCCUUGAAACUGUACUUAGACAUGAGAAUUGUGGGGUUUGAAGUGAAUGAAAUCACAAUUGUUAGUGUGCUUUCUUCUUGCACUAAGUUACAAGAAUUCAAAGAAGGGGAAAAGGUCCAUGCCCACAUGAUUAAGAGUGGAUUGAAGGGUCUGGACACUAAACUCAAAAAUGGGUUGGUCUAUUUGUAUGCAGGGUGUCGAAGAAUGGACUCUGCAUUGGAGCUUUUCCGAGAAUCCGAUCAAGAUGUGGUGGCUUGGUGUGCUCUGAUUGUGGGUUUUGCAAGGUCUGGUUUUGUCGACUUUUCUCGCCGACUCUUUGAUAAAAUGCCUCAUAGAGAUGCCAUUGCUUGGGGUACCAUGAUAUCGAGUUACACUAAUUGUGAACGGCUCAAUGAAGCCUUAAAUCUCUUCAAAGAGUUGGAAUGCUCACAAAUCGAGCCUGAGGAGGCAUCCAUGGUGAGCUUAUGCACUGCUUGUGCUCGGUUGGCCAGUCUAGAACAAGCGACAAAGGUUCACAAUUACAUCAAAAAGACAAAGAUCUCACCGAGUAGCAAUCUUUCCACUGCCUUAAUAGAUAUGUAUGUUAAGUGUGGGAACAUAGAAUAUGCUCUAAAGCUCUUUCAAUCGCUAAAUGACAAUAAGAAUGUGUCUAUAUGGAACGCUAUGAUAGGGGGGCUCGCAAUGAAUGGUCGUAGUAAAGAAGCCUUGGGGCUUUUCUCAGAGAUGGAAAGAACCAAUAUCAAGCCUGAUGAGAUUACAUUUGUAGGAGUUCUAAGUGCAUGUCGGCAUGGUGGGCUCAUAGAUGAGGCAUGGCAUAUUUAUGAUAAAAUGAAUAGGGUCUAUGGAAUCGAGCCUGGGGUUGAGCACUAUGGGUGCAUGGUGGACCUCAUAAGUCGACUUGGGCGCUUAUCAGAGGCUGAGGAUCUGACAGCAAAGAUGACCAUGAGGCCCCAGGUUUCAACUUGGGGUGCAUUAUUGGCUGCUUGUAAAAUUCAUGGAGAUGUGAAAUUAGGGGAGAGAGUAGCUAAGCACCUUUUAAAGCUUGAUCCGAACCAUGUUGGAUGCAGAGUGAUGCUUUCCAAUCUCUAUGCAGAGGCAGGCUUUUGGGACAAGGUAGCUGAAGUGAGAAGAGGAAUGAAGAGUCUUUCAAAGACCCCAGGGUGGAGCUUGAUUGAGGUUGAAUAA